AUGGACAUGAAUACAGCUGGUUGGUAUUUGGGAGAGAGUUUGGAAAUGUGUGGUAUCCAGAACGGAUGUGAACAUAACUGGUUGGUAUUUGGGACUGGUAUACGAAUACGGAGACAGGAAACGUUGUAUAUUUGGGUGCUAGUAGAGAAUUCUGAGUGUUCGGUGACCUGUGGAGAGGGGUUCAAAAGGCGGAAUGUCCGAUGUCUGGACUUGGUCACGCGACUGACAGUUAACGAUACGUAUUGUAACCAGACCAAUAAACCACAAAGGGAGAUACAUAGCUGCAAUACAGGAAUCGAAUGUCUUAACUACUAUGACUAUAUUGUAGAGCAAUGGUCAACGUGUUCAGCAACUUGCGGAUACGGUAUACAGGAAUCAGAAAUAUUCUGCGUAGAUCUAUUGUCCGAGCAAGUAGUAAACGAAACAUACUGUAACGACCAGAACGUAACACGACCGAAUAACACACGCCGAUGUUGGAACCAAGAAUGUCCAAGUGGUUACAAGUAUAUUACUGGUCGUUGGUCUCGGUGUUCGGAAUUAGGGGUACGAAUCCGAACUGUUCACUGUGUCAAUGUGAGUACGGAAAUGCAAGUGGAAGACGAAUAUUGCAGCGAUUUUAAAAAGCCGUCUAGUGUGGAUAAUUUUACCUGCAUUCCCGUUGAAAGGGACGAAUAUUAUUACAUCACCGGUGACUGGGGUGACUGUGACUGUCACACUGAUACACACAGAAGACUGGUUGCCUGCGUUCAUAUUUACAAUUCCAGUGUAGUACUAUCGAACUAUACAGAAUGUGACCAAGCAGGAUUGCUGAGGCCUAUAGAAUCAAUGAACUGUACGCCAUCGGAGUGUUUAGGAACUUGGAAGACAACAUUAUGGGCACUGUGCUCUGUUACCUGUGGAGCUGGUAUAACAUCUAGACGUGUGUACUGUGUUCUUCAAAGCGAUGUUAAUAUUCUCUUGGACGACGAACAUUGUGAUAAUCUUAUGAAGCCAUCAGCAAUAAAGACCUGCCAGCACCACGACGACUGUCAAAUCAGUUAUCAGUGGAUUACAAGCAAUUGGUUUCCAUGUGAAGUCAACUGUGGCUUGGGAAUUCAAAAACGGGACGUGAAUUGCUACGGCAUCGUCUAUGGACGAAUAAUGCGAGUCAACGACACACUGUGCAUUGAAGACAGACCGACCAAUACGCAGAUAUGUAACAGCUCAUGUAGCGGCGUGUGGUCUAUCCUCAGUUCAUGGUCCGAGUGUUCGACAACAUGUGGCGAAGGCAUCCAAGUUCGCAGUGUUGUCUGUGAAUACCCUGCUGCGGCUAAUAUCGAGCCUGGUUUUGUGGAAUGCAAUAUCGAUGAUAGACCAAAAACAACACGGGAAUGUAAUCUUGGAACGUGCUUUUUUGAAGGAUUUAACUGUGAUGAUAGUACGUGUAUGAACGGAGGAUCGUGUAAAACUGAUGGCAUGGACGACGGUAUAUGUUCCUGUGUCACUGGCUGGUCCGGAGAAGUCUGUGAAUUAGAUAUUGAACCACCUACAUUGCAAGCCUGUCCGACCAAUUUAAAAAUAGAAACAGAGCGGAACAAGCGUACUGGGUCAGUUAUUUGGAAUGAACCCAUCUAUACAGACAACUCUCCGCAUGUCUGGCUUACAACCUCCCAUGAACCGGGGUCGAAUUUUAAAAUUGGGGCGACGACGGUGGUGUACUCAGCUGUUGAUCAAGCGGGCAACACAGCCGAGUGUUCCUUUGUUGUUCGCGUUGAAGACAACCAAAAACCCAGCAUAACUGGUUGUCCUAACGAUGUUUUAAAAGCGAUCGACACUAGUGAUUCACUAAACGGUGUUUUAGUUAGCUGGGAUGUCCCGGAUGCAGAAGACAACUCCGGUAGUGUCACCAUGACUAGUACUCACGACCCGUUUGAUCUGUUCUCGCUUGGUGUAAGUCAAGUUACAUAUCAAGCCAGUGAUGCGUCAGGAAAUAUUGCACGUUGUUCAUUUCAAGUUACAGUUGAGACUCUUUCAGAUUAUCCAGAAGAUCAGUUGCUAUAUAUGGAAGUGAGAUUGGAUAUUGAAUUUGACUCAGGACUUGAAGACACCGAAUCGAUGGGUUUUACCUUGGUAGCAUCUCGUGUUGAGGCAGCGGUCACGCUUCUUCUCCGUGAUUCUAGUAUAAGUGGAUUUCUACUUGCCACAGUGACGCGGCUAAGAAGAGGAAGCGUUAUCGCCGAAUUAGUCGCCAUUUUUAGUCAACCUAUCAGUGACGUUGUACGCAUAGAAACAUUGAGGACUGUCUACACGCAAGUGGAUACUGGUUCCCUUGGAAACUAUCCGAGUAGCAACCUAACAGCGGUUUCGGAGGAUGAAGCCGAAGCUGUCACAUACAUUGUAGCCGCGAUGUGGGUAUGUCUAUUUUGUGCAGCUGUGAUUAUAUUCGUAUUUGUAUAUAUGAGAAGGUGUUUCUGCAUGGACAGGUUACAUAAAUCCAAAUUAAGCAAAUGGCUCAACUUCAACAAGACAGAUGAGAGCACUGACGGGAGCAUCUUUGAACCAAGUGAUAACGAGACAGAUAACACGGUUGACGAAGAAAACAAUGUAUACAAUCACCAUGACAACAUCCUCGACGUCAGACUAUCAAACUUUCAACUGGCUAUUGAAGACAAAAACGUGCAAUAUCGUACCCAAACACAGACGAAUGAGAAAGAAAGUAUUCCUCUAUGA